AUGGUGGAUAUAUUCAAUCAAUGCUUACAAAGAAAUAUAAGAAUUAUUGGUUUUUCUACUGAUGCUGAUGCUAAAUAUCUACGCGCUAUGAGAUUAAUGAGUGUUUUUUUUGGGUCUCUUCCUAAUUUUCAAGUUCAUCAACAUCCGCAAGCUUUCCAAAUAAAAACAACAUUACGCUGGCCUUGGUUUUAUCUACGUGAACAACAACUACUAUUGUUUUUUCAAGACUCAACUCAUAUGGUUACAAAAUGGCGUAAUCGUUUAUUAUCAUCAACAGCUGAAUUAUGUCUUGGUAAUCAAUUUAUAUUGAUCAGUCAUUUACAUGACAUUAUCAAUAAUGAAACUUAUUCUAAACUUGACCAUGGCUUAACGAAGUCUGACAUUAACCCUAAAUAUCGUCAAAACUUUAGUUCUUGUUUGAAAUUAACAUCUGCUGAUCUAUUUAAAAUUUAA